AUGCCCUGUUUUAAGGGCAUUGCGGUGAGCAUUCACGCAAAUGGCGCCCCACUGCCUGAAUAUGGCAUGCAGAAGCAAUCGAGAGUUUCUCGCAUCAGCACUUAUAUUCCAGUGCCGCAACCGAACCUGACUGCAGACUCCAAUAAGCCCGAGCCCGCCAAGUUUGCCAUCUCCAUCACCUUGUUGACUCCUAACCUUGCCAUUCCAUACUCGGCCCCCAAGGCCACCGACAGCAACCCGUACCCCAAACCUCAGUAUGUCGGCAGCUUCCAACCCGGCUCUAGCAAUGAGCGAGGCAAGUUUGGGGGCAUAGUCAACCCGUAUAUUCCCAUGACCAACUCCGAGAACGAGACGAUUGCCGCUUACAUUUACUUUGAUGGCCGAGCCAAGGAAGAGGUAGCCACUCUGCUGCGGCCGGGCGAGGAGACAUGGGUCAAUAGCCGCUGGGUCCAGGUACCUGAUGCCGAAGGUGGCGGAUUGGCCGAACGAGAGUUUUUGUUCCGAGAAGUUGGCUUGGAGCGUUGGCUCAAUGGGCUUGACCUGCAGGGUCACGAUGUGGCCGAGAAGUUGGAGAAGCGCCGCCAAAAGUUUGAGAAGCGAAGACGGCGACAGACCCUGUUACAGGGAGCCCAAGUUGAGGCAGAUCCGUCGGGUAACCACAAAGACACCUUGCGGUACGGUGCGGACGAAGGCUCACCAAUCGAGGCGGUAUUUGAUUCUGAUUCAUGGUCUGAUGAUGACGAUGAACCUCCCGAGGCUACGGGUCAAAUCAAGGUGGCCAUGUUCCGGGUUCUGGCUUCUGGUGAAAUCAAAAAGGGCGAGUAUUCACCUCAGUUCGAUGCCCACGACGGCGAUGAUGAUACUGGCAACAACGACAACGUCGGUGCCGAUGUCGAACACACGACGAGUUUUGCCAAGCCCAAGACACUGGAUCCCAAGACAAUAAGCACUCAAACGGUUACGGGAAUAGACGGCCCUGACAAGCCUUACGCAGUUUUCACUUUCUUCUACAGAGGCGAUAGGCAAUUGCAAAAAAUUGGCGUUAUGCAGUCUUCAAAGAAUCCUCAAGCUACACCAGGUUCCGCCAAACGACGAUCCGGUCAAUUAGACUUCUCCAAUCUGGGACCCCUCAAAGCGGGGGGUACGGCCAGGAAGAAGAGCAAUGGCAAUAUUGCAGUUGAUAGUGACGAUGACGACGACGACGAUGACGAAAGCGAUAAUCUCACCAAGAUGGACGACGAUGACAAAGAUGGCGAAGGGAAGCAAGCCUCAGAAGACUCAAAGUUUGGUGGUGAACUUGCAGAUGGUGUCAACCGAAUUCGCCUUAAGAGAGCGCAUUCGGCCGAUCCAGACAGUCAAUCCACCCCUGAGACCUCUCAACGGGGCCAGGCCGAAGAUAGUCCCACACCUCAGGGACCAUUGAGUCUUCAACCGCCUGGCGCUGUGCAGGGCGUGAGUGAUGUACCCCCCGAAGCGCUUGUUGGGAGCCCGUUGAAGAAGGCUCGCCCUAGCGUUGACAUAACGAAUACUGGGGAGAAGUUUGGCACAACACAGAGCCUAAGUGCGGCCCUCGAUGCCGCUGUUUCUGGAACAUCUGCGCCAACCACGACGUCUACGACCACGACGGCGCCGCCGCCUAAAGUGGACGAGGAGGAAGAGCUGUGA